GUUGAUAAAUAAUACGAGGGACCUUGCUUAAAAUGCGCCGGGAGCGCACUACGCUCCUUCAUCCUCUCCUUCAUUCAUUCACAGUGUUCACUGACCUCACAUUCUCUCUCUAUAUACGUAUGCAUCUAUACAUACACAACACAAUCAUCAUAAAUAAACCCAUAUAAAAUAAACCUCCGUGUCUCAUUGCAUUUGCUUCCAAGAAACACCAAUCGUAAAUACACCCAGAUCAGCUCAGUCAAAUCUUCCACAUUCAGCCGUCAACCGAACGCUUAGGAGCUCGUAUUUAUUACCUGUUCCCUCAAUUAUAUAUAUAAAAAUAUAUACAUACAUUGUAUCAUCACAUAGCUGGAGUAUUAAUGGAUCCACCAAUAAUCAACGAGACCUCAUUCUCAGCUGCCAAUCCUUCUUCUUACAGUUUAACUGAGAUUUGGCCCUUUUCGAACAUCAAUGGCGGUGCAAAUGAGGGUUUAGGGCUCAAAGUUAACAGCUUUAUUAGUGGGUUUGGGGAAAAUGAGGAAUCUUCUGUGACAGAUCAGAGUGGCGGUCGUAGGAAACAAAGGGAUGCUCAUUCUGAAGAUGAAUCUUCAAAGAUUGUGUCUACUAGUAGCAACAAUGAUUUGAGAAGCUUGAAUGGAAAAAGAAUGAAGGUGUCUGGAUCGAAAGACGAAUUGGGCGGUUUGAAAGUUGACGGUGAAGGGAGUUCGGGAUCGCGUAGUAAGGGUGUAGCUGAGCAAAGUGGUAAACCGAAUGAACCGCCUAAAGAUUAUAUCCAUGUUAGAGCAAGAAGGGGUCAAGCUACUGAUAGCCAUAGUCUUGCCGAGCGAGCUAGGAGAGAAAAGAUUAGUGAAAGGAUGAAGAUUCUUCAAGAUUUGGUCCCGGGGUGUAAUAAGGUUAUAGGAAAAGCACUUGUACUUGAUGAAAUAAUCAACUACAUCCAGUCUCUACAACAUCAAGUUGAGUUCUUAUCUAUGAAGCUUGAAGCUGUAAAUACAAGGAUGAACUCUCCUAUCGAAGGGUUUCCUACAAAAGAACAGCUUGGCCCGCCACCGUUUGAUGCAGCUGGACUUCUUUUCGGGUCACAAGCAGCACGGGAAUUCGGCCAAGAAUCACAACCAGAGUGGCUUCAUAUGCAAUUAGGAAGUAGCUUUGAAAGAGCAACAUAAAGAAAGUCAACAUGAAGCAUGCUGUUGUUAGUCAACCAGAAACUAAGAAAUCCUGCAUUAACAGUGGAAAUGUGAGAGACUUUCUGAGGUAUGUAAGAUAAUAUACGUAUAAUAUAUGAACUUAUAUCAUAUUACUAAUGAUACUUAAGCUCCGUAUUAUAUCAUCUGUAAAAAAAUGCAUUUCUGGUCAACCCUGAUUAGACCAAAGACUACCGAGAGAAAUGCCUUUACAUGUUAUCUUGAUUUUUCUUUCUGACUGAUUCUGUAAGAUGUACUCGUUAACAAACUGUUGUAUUCUCCAUGUACAAUUUAAAAGUGUAUUUAUGAUUAUUUUAUUUAAAAUG